UCCAGCAAAAUCAGAAAGCUCGACACUCCAUCGAUUAUCGUCAUCUGCACUUUUGAGGCUAUCAGCCAUUCAUUGCCAGGCGUUACCAGAAGAUGAGGAUUGAUAUGGUCCACUGCAACUCUCCUUCUUUGUCACCUUCCCAUCCCACCAUUUCCAUUUACGUGCUCUCUUUCCAUACGUACAACGCAUUUAUGCAUUCAACAAUCUGAAUAAUCUUCUCCUUCAGUAUCCUGCCUGGUUGUAUCAGCACACCCUUUGCCUAUCUGAACAAAUAUGGCUUCGGAUUCACCCAAGGCCGUGCCUUCAGCUGAUGAUAAAGCCGGUACCAAUUCUGAUACAUCCUCAGCCGAGGUUUCAUCGGGACAGAGAGUAUCACCUACUUCACCCAGAGCUGGGCUUGCCACCAAUCCGUUUGAUUUCUCGGCCAUGUCCAACCUGCUAAAUGAUCCUAGCAUCAAGGAACUGGCCGAACAGAUAGCCAAGGACCCCGCCUUCAACAAGAUGGCUGAGCAGCUUCAGAAGACAUUUCAAGGCACGACAGGUGAAGCUGCCGCUCCCCAGUUUGACACGCAGCAGUAUUAUUCCACGGUCCAACAGGUUAUGCAAAACCCUCAGUUCAUGGCUAUGGCCGAGCGACUUGGAAAUGCCCUGAUGCAGGAUCCAUCUAUGUCCAGCAUGCUCGAGAAUUUUGCGAAUCCAUUACGCAAAGAGCAAAUGGAGGAGCGUAUGGCACGCGUGAAAGAUGACCCAGCUCUGAAGCACAUAUUGGAAGAAAUUGAGACUGGUGGCGCUGCUGCCAUGAUGAGGUACUGGAACGACAGAGAGGUUCUAAAGAAACUGGGGGAGGCUAUGGGAUUUGCUGUCUCCGGAGAGGGAGCCGGUUCCGCAGAGGUUCCUGUUCCAGAUGAAGCUGAACCCGGGAAUGAAGAUGAGUCAAUCGUUCACCAAACUGCUAGUGUUGGUGACGUGGAGGGUCUGAAAAAAGCACUGGAGGAAGGUGCUAACAAGGAUGAAGAAGAUUCCGAGGGUAGAACAGCCUUGCAUUUUGCUUGCGGAUAUGGCGAGGCUAAGUGUGCUCGGGUCCUCCUCGAAGCAGGAGCAGCUGUAGAUGCCUUGGACAAGAACAAGAAUACUGCACUUCACUAUGCAGCCGGUUAUGGUAGAAAAGAUUGUGUGGCCCUUCUCUUGGAACACGGUGCUGCAGUAACUCUCCAAAACCUCGAUGGAAAGACUCCUAUUGAUGUUGCCAAGCUCAACAACCAGCAGGAGGUACUAAAGUUGCUCGAGAAGGAUGCCUUCCUGUGAUGUAAAUGAGCAUGUUUUUUGCAAUGUCUCCGAUGGUCGUGUACGAUGAUGUGCUUUUGUCCUAAACCACGGUUCGAUAUAUUUGUAGUUAGUGAGGGACUGCCUUCCUACAAACUUAGGGAGUAGAGCUGAUGCUUCUACCUGGCUGCUGCUCUGUUUGAACGGGAAUAAGAGAUCAAAGCUGCUUAUGAAUGUGACUAGCUGCUUAUUGCCUGCAAAA